AUGCGACUCUAUCUCAUCCCGAUCUCUACACGGCGUACGCUCAUCUACGGCCAGAGGUUGAAUAAAAUCACACACCCCCAUCCAUCACUUGCGGAUAAGGCGUCGGCACGAGCUGCCAAAGUAUGGUUGUCAUGGGAAAACGGAAAGGCUAGCUGGCAGCGCUCACUCACUGAUGCGGGGAAUAAGCUUUUCAACAGGAUACCCUAUGAAGAAUGGGGUCUCAAAUCAAUUCCCCCAUUAUCAGCGCGUCGAAAACAGGAUGAAAUAGACCUCCAAAGAGUAGAAGUCAUAUACCCACCAUCCGUCAUCAAAGAAAAAAGAAUUCCGGAAAUAAUAAAAACGCUUGCAACGGAGCGUAAUGAUAUCCACCGUAGUCGGUUGAUUUGGUCAAUAGUUGGGAUGCCUAUAGUAGCGCCAUUUGCUUUGGUUCCCAUUAUUCCCAACAUCCCGUUUUUCUAUCUUCUGUACCGAGCAUUCUCCCACUGGAAAGCCCUCGCCGGCGCAAAACACCUUGAAUUCCUCGUCAAUCACCAGCUCCUCCAGCCUACUCCAAUAACAGAGCUCGACUCACUUUACCGCAACAAGCUCGAGACCGAGGCAGAAUUCAAAGAGAAGAUAUUACACAACGACUCCGAAGAAGUCAUGCUCAUCAACUCGAGGAACGCUAAGGAGAUCGCAGCGUCGAUUGAAGUUCCAGCACUAGCCGUCGAAUGUGAACGUGCAUGUGCACAGGUUAGAGAGUCACUGAAAACUAUAUCAGACGAGAAAUUUCAGUCCGAGGAGGAAAGGAGGUCAGAGAAGGAAAAGAACCGGUAG